UCUUAAUCUGCGAUUGUGAUGCUGCUGCUCACUUCAAAAACUCUUAUAUUUUCUCGUCCAUCAAAUACAUUCAGUUCGUUGACCGUCAACAGCCAAUAAGAUAUCACCACAUCAGCAAUAGAAACGAGAAAGUCAAGUACACUCCAGUGGGACAAUCCCGCGCAUUAAAUUCAGUAAUGGUGACGUGUCCUUCCUAUACAAACUUCGUCAACAAAUUGUAAGUUUGCAACAGUGACGUGAAAGCACCACAAAUCACUCACACUCUUCUCUCAAAACCCACAACACAAAAAACGCACUAACAUUUACUUGCAUAUUACACACACAUUCCCCCCAUUAACCAAACCCCCUCAAUAAAGGAGCACAUAAAAUAAAAGCACCAAUUCCAUUUCAGUUAAUUGCCCUGCAGCUCAUCAUGCUCCACCAUAAAGCUCCUGCUCCGUCACCGUCACUGUCACCGGCGCCGCCGGCGGUUCACCAUAACAAUACUCAGAAAGCUCCAUCACCUUCAACGCGGCCACUUUAUCGUUCGUCGACAUUGCCAACUUCAUCAACGUCAGCGUCGACGUCAGACUUAUCAACUACUCCACCGCCGUCUAAGCAACCGGUUGAUUUCAGUCCACCUUUGAUUGCCAUGGUCGUUAUUAUCGCUACUGCUUUCGUCAUCAUUACCUACUCGCGGCUCCUGUCGCGCCAUCUGCUCCGUCUACAUGGCCGUUAUAGACUGUGGCGUCGCCGUCGCCGACGUUACGUUGCGUCAUCUGCCGGCGAUAUCGAGUCGCCUCCUUAUCCGUUUGAUCCUACUGAUGCUUUCCACGUGCUCUCUCCUUAUGGACUGGACGAUUCAGUUAUCAAAACAAUUCCUCUUUCAGUCCACACUCGAAAAAGCAGCGUUCACGAUUGUGCGGUGUGCUUACUGGAAUUCGAAGAGAAUGACUAUGUACGCACGCUUCCAGUAUGUUCACACGCGUUUCACGUGGACUGUAUUGAUAUAUGGCUCAAAUCACACGCGAAUUGCCCGUUGUGUCGUGCCGGAAUAUUCCGUCCAGAGUCACCGUUCACUCCCUUAAUGGCUGCAAGGAUACGCCCGAGCUUGGAUGACAUGCUGGUGGAGAACACAAUUCUAGAGCCUUUAGCUGAAAUUCAGCCAGAAUCGGAUACAACAACGCUCUCAGAGAUCACACAAGAACCGUCACCAAGGAGAAACAUGAUCCAAUCAGAGGAUAUUAGAUUCAGCGGACGUGAUAUAUUGCUAAAACGAUCCUAUUCCUUCGGAUUUGAGAGGAAUUUAGGAUCCGAGAGACUAAUACUUGAAGCAACAACAGCUUCGCCAUGGCGGUACCGCAGAGCAAUAGGAUCAGGAAGCUUCUGGAGCAAAAGACCUUCACCGUUCAGCUCGUUAACAAAACCACGAGUAUUCUCGUUCCGAUAUUACAGAGGAAUGAAAUCGCCGUUCUUCCGGCGGACCAGAGGUGGAUUCUUCCCGUUAUCGGAGUCAAGCGCGAGAUAUAGUACUGGCGGAGGUUCUUCGAGAAGAAGCAAAUCAUUCGCGAGUCCGAUGUUUAUGAGAACAUCGGCGACGGGAGGAGUAUUCUCGUCGAGCCGGCUAAGGAGCGGUGAUCCAGAAGCCUUACUGUCACCGGACAGGUAUAACAGACGGUGAAGAUGAAAUCAGAUCACAUGGAGAGGAAUUAAUGAACUUCGGGAAAACGACAACCGUCCGAUCGAUCGUAGUUAUGGGGGGACGGUGAUCGAGGUCGUGGGGGGUGGGGGAAUGGGGUCAGGCGACAUUAAUUUACAUUGGGAAGAAGGAGGGAAAUUAAUGCGGUGCCUGCUACUAUGUUUAUUGGGCCUGUGGAGGUCAUUUAAUACAGAGAGAGAGAGGGGGCGAGUAACUGUGUUGAAAUGCUGAGAAGAAAAAGUUAUGUCUGCAUUUAAUGGGAAAAUUACACUAUUUUUUAAGA